GACUCGAUUUCCCUGUGUGCCAUCAGCCCGGGCCCCGCCGCCCCGGGGCCGCCAGGUGGGUCAUCUCAGGGGUCCCAGGCGCCGGUUUCACCCCCGGGCUCAGGGGACUCGAUUUCCCUGUGUGCCAUCAGCCCGGGGCUAUGCCCGGGCACCGCGGCUAUGGGCUGGUACCCGGAGCCGAACACCCCAGCGAUGUGAGUCCCUGUUCCCGGUUCUCCACGCCUCGUGGAGCAGGAAAGCUGGGGAAGAAGCGGGCCCUGUCCAUCUCCCCCCUGUCCGACUCCAGCAUCGACCUGCAGACGGUGAUCCGCACGUCUCCCAACUCCCUCGUCGCCUUCAUCAACUCCCGCUGCGCCUCUGCCGGCGGCUCCUACGGCCACCUGUCCAUCAGCACCAUCAGCCCAUCCCUGGGGUACCAGAGUCCACCUGGGCAGCAGAAGGGGCAAGGUCACCUGUACAGCCACACGCCCCCCCCUGCACCAUGCAGCUCCCAUGAGCACCUGUCCACACGCCCAGGGCUGCUGCACCACCCACCUGCUCGUGGAACCCUGAAGCACUGCCAGCAGCUGAAACUGGAGUGGAGCUUGAGCAGCCCCCUGACCACCAAAUUCCCAGAGGAGCGAUCCGAGGGCGACAUCUCCAGCCCAGCAUCCACAGGCACCCAGGACCCCUUGCUUGGAAUGCUGGAUGUCCGGGAAGAGCUGGAGAAGGAGGAUGGGAAACCCGAGUGUGAAGCUGUGUAUGAGACCAACUGCUACUGGGAAGGCUGCGCCAAGGAGUUCGACACGCAGGAGCAGCUGGUGCAUCACAUCAACAAUGAGCACAUCCAUGGGGAGAAGAAGGAGUUUGUGUGCCACUGGGCAGCGUGUUCCCGGGAGCAGAGGCCGUUCAAGGCUCAGUACAUGUUGGUGGUGCACAUGCGGCGUCACACCGGCGAGAAACCUCACAAGUGCACGUUUGAGGGCUGUAACAAGGCUUAUUCCCGCCUGGAGAACCUCAAGACACACCUGCGGUCACACACGGGAGAGAAACCUUACGUGUGUGAGCAUGAGGGCUGCAACAAGGCCUUCUCCAACGCCUCCGACCGUGCCAAGCACCAAAACCGCACCCACUCCAAUGAGAAGCCGUACGUCUGCAAGAUCCCUGGCUGCACCAAGCGCUACACCGACCCCAGCUCCCUGCGCAAGCACGUGAAGACGGUGCACGGCCCUGACGCCCACGUCACCAAGAAGCACCGAGGGGACGUGGGGCCAGGCCGGGCACUGCCCACCCCCAGUGUCCCCCCAGACAUGAAACAGGAGAAGGACACGAACGGCCCCACCGAGGCCAGGAAGGAUGAUGGGAAACUCCUGGUGCCUGACCUGGCCUUGAAGCCACAGCCCAGCCCGGGGGGGCAGUCAUCGUGCAGCAGUGACCACUCGCCCCUGGGCAGCACCACCAACAACGACAGUGGUGUGGAGAUGGCAGGCAAUGCUGGUGGCAGCUACGAGGACCUGUCCACGCUAGAGGACGUGGUGCCCGGGGAGCCCAUGGGCACCUCGGGGCUCAUGGCCCUCCACAAGCUGGAAAACCUUCGCAUCGACAAACUGAAGCAGCUGAGGAAACCAGCGGCUUCCAAGGGCCUGAACCUGCCACCCAUCCCUGGAGCUGGUAGACCAGG